GAUUUAUUUGUUUGCUGCGAUGGAAUUUAUAUCCGUAGUCGUCCAGCAACGCGAAUACAUGUAAACACCACCACGCCAGUGAAGUGGAUAAGGGACAGAGAUACUCAGAAUCGAAAGGAAAUAAUUAUUUCCGUAUCCAAUAUAUCCGACAAAAUUUAAUUUUUUCACCACAUCACCCUCAAAGAAGACUAUCGACAUGAGCUGAUACCCGACACAAACAUUCUUUCAAUCUACUAUUCCGAACGCGACUCGCACUCCCGCGACACAUUUCUCGAUCAAACCACCUUUCCUCCCGAAACCUCGUCGCCAUCGCCACCCCCUUCAACUUAAUUAAACCCCAUAUCAUUCGUCGAAAUGUCGAUUUUUAGUAGAGCACAACAAUCGCCCUUCGGAGGCGGCCAAAGUGUCCUUGGCCAGUCCACCAGUACUCCUAGCUUAUUUAACCAAGCUGCGAACCAGACACAAACGCCAAAUCAGCAGCCGCAACAGCAACAACAACAACAACAACAACCGAGUGGGUUUGGAAGCAUACUCGGCCAACCGCAGCAGCAGCAGCAACCCCAACAACAGCAGAACAAUGCCUUUGGUGGGAGUAUUCUGGGUCAGUCGCAGGCGCAACAACAGCAACAGCCACAGCAGCAGUCUGGUUUUCUUAAUGCGAGCCAGGCACAAGCACGCUCCAGCUUGAUCUGGGAACCAGGUCGAGAGUCAUUAAUCCACAAACCCGUUACCGAACAGAUCGAGGGUAUGCUCGCAAAAUGGCAUCCCGAACACCCCAGCACCGUCUUCAAGUACUACUUCUACAACAAGGUCGACCAAGCGCGCGUCCCGUUCUACCAACCCUCUCCCGCCGAAGAUCCACGGGAAUGGGAACAAGCCGUCCACGAUAAGCCAGGCCCUGGUUAUAUGCCGGCCUUCGCUACUGGAUUCAAGGCUGUUAGUGAACGACUCAUGAUGCAGAAGCAGGCUCUCGGUAACUUCCGUCAGGCGCUACAUGCUAUCAACUCGAGUCUGGACGCGAUCCUCUCCCAACACGACCUAGAGACUACGGUGCGAACUGCGAAUGCCCGACGGAAGCAUGCGAUUUUGAGACAGAGAUGUCUUGCGCUUGCUACUAAGGUGCAGGUUCUACGUAAUAGGGGUUAUUCCUUGGAUAAGGAGGAAGAUGAAUUGAAGACGAAGUUGGAGACUCUUGAUCGGACGGUAACGGAUCCGGCUCUGAGUGCAAGGACGGAGGAGCUGUGGAGUCGGUUGAUUAUGUUGAGGGGAUAUGCGGAUAGUCUGCAGAACGAGAUCAAUACUCGGGGAGCAGAGGUUCAGGAGGGUAUAGGAGAGGAGAAUGAAGCGCAAGCUAAGGAGAUCUUGGACAAGUUCGACAAGCAACUACAAUCACUCACAGCCUCAGUUAAGCAGGUUCAGAAGGACUACGAGGAAUGGAUCGAGGCAAACCCACCUCCGAAGAAGUAAAUCUUGGUAGUACGAAAGGGGGGAAAUAAUGCAACCGAGAAAGCCGUAAUAUCAGGAUGAGAUGACGCCUUAAUGGGAACGGACUUCAGGAUUGUGUCAGAAACUUUCAGGUGGCAUGUCAUCCAUAGGGAGGAGCUCGGUGUAGGAACCGCAUAAAAAGCUCGGCGUUAAGGGAUAUCUGCUUCUGAUAUUAGACAACAGCAUUCUGAGUCGCCUUUUUUUACUUUCUGAAUACCCUCAUAAACCCGGAUGGCCAAUUCUCAUGCGCUGCACUCUUCAAAUUUGGGGUGGCCUUUGUGAUAUGCGGUUUGGUUGUAAUUCUUUAUAUUCGUGAGGGAAGAUGGAAGUCCAUAGUUGACUAGACUUCAUGCCUUAUAUAAAGAU